CGCCCCCCUUUCCCUUUCUCCGUUGCCCGCCUGUUCUUCCUGUGGCUGGUUGGCCGAGGCCCGGCUCGCCUCGUCCUCGCUUUCCGUCCGUCGCCUGGCCCGCCUCGCUCCCCGCCGCCAUGUCGCCGGUGCGGGCCGUGCUGGCGCUGCUGGCCGCGCUCUGGGCCCCGGCGGCCGGCUACUUCGUCAGCAUCGACGCGCACGCCGAGGAGUGCUUCCUCGAGAGGGUCCCCUCAGGCACCAAGAUGGGGCUCAUCUUCGAGGUGGCCGAGGGAGGCUUCCUAGACAUCGACGUCGAGAUCACAGGCCCUGAUAACAAAGGCAUUCACAAAGGCGACAGAGAAUCCAGUGGAAAAUACACCUUCGCAGCUCACAUGGACGGAACGUAUAAGUUCUGCUUCAGCAACAAAAUGUCCACCAUGACUCCAAAGAUAGUGAUGUUCACUAUCGACAUUGGGGAAGCUCCCAAGGGACAGGACAUGGAGACAGAAGGUGGCGGAGAUACCUGGGAUGCUCACCAGAACAAGCUAGAAGAGAUGAUUAACGAAUUAGCAGUGGCCAUGACAGCCGUCAAACACGAACAGGAAUACAUGGAAGUUCGCGAAAGAGUACAUCGAGCGAUUAACGACAACACAAAUAGCAGAGUGGUCCUCUGGUCAUUCUUCGAAGCCCUCGUACUAGUUGCCAUGACACUGGGACAGAUCUACUACCUGAAGAGGUUUUUUGAAGUCCGGAGAGUGGUUUAAUCAAACUUGGCUACCCAGCCCCCAUUCUGGUGACCCCAGACUCUUGUUUCACUCUUUUACCAAACGACUUCGUUGCAAAAAUCACGUAGUUUCCUUUAUCCUCCCCCGCAUCCUGAACUUAUAAAACUUUUUAAGUUUAA